AACACUAUGGCUGCAGCCUUUCGGUCCUCGAAACGAAGUCUGCCGCAGGUGCUCCGGAAAUCGGUGUAUCCCGGGGUGGGAGGCUCCGGCUCCACUUGCUGCCGCUGUCCUCUCGGAGCUAAAAGAUAUCUACUUUCAGAUAAUAUUGUGAAAUUAAAAGAAUUUCAGCAUAAUAAGGUGGCUGUUGCAUAUCAUAUUCCUGGCACCAAAGAAACCUAUUUUAGAAACUUGGAAGAGAAGUUGACCCAGAACAAGCUUAUCCUGAAGGAAGAAUUAAGAAUCUUGCUUCAUUUGUGUGAGUCCCGGGACGAUGUGGAGCUGGCUAAAAAGGUCAUUUCCAGGUACCACACAGAGAACAGAAAUGUCACUUUGGAGGAAUAUAAGUUUGGACCACUUUUCAUGAGACUGUGUUACGAGUUGGAUCUUGAGGAAUCUGCAGUGGAGCUCAUCAAAGACCAGCAUUUACGAGGUUUCUUCUCAGACUGCACGUCAUUCAAUAUUUUGAUGGAUAUGUUAUUUAUCAAAGGCAAAUAUAAAAGUGCAUUGGAAGUAUUGAUAGAAAUGAAAAACCAAGAUGUGAAGUUCAGCAAAGAUACCUAUGUCCUUGCUUUUGCAAUUUGCUACAAACUGAAUAGUCCCGAAUCUUUUAAAAUCUGUACUACAUUAAGAGAAGAAGCUCUAAUCAAAGGCGAAGUUCUCUCCAGGAGAGCAUAUUGUUUUGUGGUGGCAUUAGCUCUGAAUCAGAACCAGGUGGCAAAAGCUAUGUCCAUGUUUUCUCAAAUCAUGUAUCCAGAAAGCGUAACCUGCACUAAUUUAAAUAUUAUAAUCCAUAUCCAGUCAAAUAUGUUGGAAACCCUUAUAGAGAUACUAAAUAGUGCUGCAGAAGGAAAUUUACCAAAAUUUGUGAAAAAACAUGAGUUCUCAGAGGAAGUGCUGGCCAAAGUGAGAGAAAAAGUGAAGGAUGUGCCCACCCUUGUGGCCAGAUUUGAUGAAAUCUACGGGAAAUUGCACAUAAAUGGCCAGGUCACCACUUACACUUUGGAUGCCCUGCUCUGCCACACCCCCAGGGACAGGAAAUCCCACGUGUUGCCAUUAAACAAGAGGACAGUCAGCCGUCGGACCUUCCAGCCACUCACCCAAUCCCUGUUGGCUGAGUAACCCUAGUUUCAAUUCACCUGUGGGUCUGAGGGGCCUUCUUAUAGUGAGUUUUUAGCUUCCGUUAGAAAUCAGGCAUCGGACUUCAGUGGAUACUAUGCUAACACUUGGUCUCCUACCUAAAUUCCUGAGUUCAUUGAGUAGGGGCAUGCUGAUCUGAGAACUCAGUAUGUUGGUGUCACUGAGAAGAUCUAGACACAGGCAAAGAAGGCUCAACUCCCUCAGAAAAGAGGCUUCCCUGUGUAAACUGCUGAAGGUCCUUGAAGGAACAUAGUCACGGUCUCCGGUCCAGCCUCUGGUACCAGAGUGGAACCCAAUAAGCACCAUCGGGAACAAACUUCAUUAUUAAUGUGAUCAACUCUAACUGAUUUUCAAGGGAGAAGUUACUUGCAAAUUAUACCCUUGCUGAAUUCAGGAGGUCUGAAACCCUAUUCUAGCAUGUUGGGAAGCAGCCCAGGAUGCUCUGCCAUCAUGUUUCUCUUUAACCCUAAACAAGAUCUUGAUGCCUCAUUUUUCCAUCUGCAAAAUAAUAGUACCUAUAUGUAUUUGCAUAUCAAUUGGAAAUUUUUAUUCGCAGUUAAGUAGGGUCAAAUUUUCUCAAAAAUAAGAGAAAUAAAAAGGUUCCUGAGCAACUUUC